CCAAAACCCAAGUCUUCCAUCUCACAUUGGAAGGCCUGAAAAUAUCUGCAUUUUCUCGAGUUUUUCAACCAUGAAGUUCACAGCUCUAGCAGCAAUGAUGGCGGCCGUGACUCUCUUCGGCCUCCUCAUUGAUGGCCACGACUGCAAAAUCGUGCAGUUUAUAUUCGGGGACUCCCUCUCCGACGUCGGAAACAACAAGCGAAUGGGCAGGAGUCUCGCCCAAGCAAGCCUGCCUUGGUAUGGCAUUGAUAUGGGCAAUGGACUGCCCAAUGGCAGGUUCUCUAAUGGCCGUACAGUUGCUGAUAUAAUAGGUGAUAACAUGGGGCUCCCAAGGCCGCCGGCCUUUCUUGAUCCGUCAUUGACCGAUGACAUGAUACUUGAAAAAGGAGUAAACUAUGCCUCUGGAGGUGGAGGGAUUUUGAAUGAAACCGGCGGCUACUUUAUUCAGAGGUUCUCGCUUUACAAGCAGAUCGAUCUGUUUCAAGGGACACAAACACUGAUCAAAAACAAAAUUGGCGCAAACGCAGCGGAGAAAUUCUUCCAAGACGCUCGUUAUGUGGUCGCUUUAGGAAGCAACGACUUCAUUAACAACUACUUGAUGCCUGUUUACAGAGAUUCGUGGAGUUACAACGAUCAAACUUUCAUCGAAUACCUAAUGGGAACUCUAGAAAGACAACUUAAUCUGUUGCACGGCCUAGGGGCGAGGCAGCUGAUAGUGUUUGGGCUAGGACCAAUGGGUUGUAUUCCGCUCCAAAGGGUGCUAACUACCACUUACGGUUGCCAAGAAAGGUCAAACAAACUAGCUCUCAGCUUCAACAAAGCUGGAAGCAAGCUAAUGGAAGACUUGUCCAGCAAGCUUCCUAACGCAAGCUAUCGAUUUGGUGAUGCUUAUGAUGUCGUCAACGAUGUGAUCAGUAAUCCAAACGAUUACGGAUUCAGCAAUGCGGAUUCACCGUGCUGCUCAUUUGGAAGAAUUCGACCGGCUUUGACGUGUGUCCCUGCAUCAAUACUGUGCAGUGACAGAAGCAAAUACGUGUUUUGGGACGAGUACCAUCCAUCAGACAGUGCAAACGAGCUUAUUGCCAACGAACUCAUAAAGAAAUUCGGUUUGUCGCGCGUUGAUGAAACGGAUGCCCCUUCCCCCGCACCUGCUUUUGCUCCAUCACCAGAGGGAUAAAUACUAGUACAAUAAAACCAGCAGUGUCUGCUGCUCAAAUUGCUUUCCUAAAAAGCAACUUCUUAGUAAUCAGUAACAGCUUUUCAUAUACAACUAUGGUUUGGUUUUAUAAGCUCGAAUAUAUAUGUUUCUGAUUAUUCA